ACCAUUGACUAACAGGAAGUUGAGGCGUACUGGAGCUCAAGAGUGUGAAAUAAUCAGCUAGAGUUAGACAGUCACACCCAUUAACACUUGAUGUACAGUUAGUUUAGCUGACGGAGUUUCACUCCACUUUAGUCUACAGAGCAGCUUCACAUCACCGCGGCUGUCAUUUUAUUGUCAUUCACAAUUUUGAAGAGUUUGUGUUUUCAUAUUUGUGGACUGAAACCGAUGAAGAUGUUUCUUCCUGUUUUGCUCUGCUUGUGUUUCUGGCGUCUGGAUGGUGUGUUUGGUGAUGGUGUUUGGCCCGUGUCAGUGAUGGAGGGAGAUUCAGUCUCUCUAAACUCUGACACUGAAAUAAAGGAUGAUGAUGUGAUUCAGUGGAAAUUUGGAUAUAGCAUCACUUUAAUAGCUGAAAUUGAUAAACGGGCCGACAGAAUCACUGUAUAUGAUGAUGUUCUUGAUGGGAGAUUCAGAGACAGACUGAAGCUGGACAAACAAACUGGAUCUCUGACCAUCACACACACCACAAUGAAACAUGCUGGAUAUUAUAAACUACUGACCAACAGUGAGAGAAAGAGUUUUGAUCUCACUGUCUCUGUAGUGAAGGGAAUAUCAGUAGAGAAGGGAGAUGUUGUCUCUCUACACAAUGAUCUCACUGAAAUGAAGGAGGAUGAUCGUAUUCAGUGGAGUUUUGAAGAUGAAGACACUUUAAUAGCUGAAAUCAAUAAACGGGCCGACAGAAUCACUGUAUAUGAUGAUGUUCUUGAUGGGAGAUUCAGAGACAGACUGAAGCUGGACAAUCAAACUGGAUCUCUGACCAUCACAAAUGCCACAACCACAGACUCUGGAGUUUAUGAACUUGACAUCAACUAUAUGAAGAUGAUUUUCACCCUCACUGUCUACGACUCUGCCCAAUGUUGCGGUCCUACUGAAACUGUGAUCCGAUUGGUCCUCUCUGCUCUGGUGGGCGUGGCUACUGUCAUCAUUCUGGUUUAUGACAUCAGAUCCAGAAGAGCUGAAGGAGAUCAAGCACAUAUUCACACAUCAGGAAGUAUUGAAAUCUAAAGCAGAACGCUGAACUUUAAAAGUGUUUUUUGUUCUUUUAGUGUUUUUUCACUUCAUAAUAAAUAGUGAUGAUUAUUUGAGUUUGUGCUUUCUGUCAGUGUCAGAUUUUAACAGUGACAAUUUAUUGUUGAUAUUUCUCACAGAUACAAAAAUAAUAAUAGAGACACAGAUCUUACUUUAAACUGCUAUAUAUAUUCUGUAUUUUCUUGCCUUUAUCAAUAAAGUUUCUCACUCUGA